AUGCCUUUCACCACUAGCGAUAUCUGCAAGAUUAUUCUUGCCAUCAUUCUGCCGCCCAUCGGUGUCUUCCUCGAGCGAGGCUGCGGUGCAGACCUCUUGAUCAACAUCCUUCUCACAAUCCUGGGUUACUUCCCUGGUAUCAUCCACGCUCUGUACAUCAUAUUGAAAUACUAA